AUGAGUUCAGAAUCCAUCUACACGCCACUGAGUGACCCCGACACUAUCAGAGUACUCGAGAUCGGUCUGCUUCACCCGGGUAGCCAUCAGCUAAGCGGGCGCCUCACCACCGAAAGCUUGCAUGAUCAGCCUGAUUAUGUCGCCUUGUCUUAUGUCUGGGGAGUUCCAUCGCCUACGGACCCUUUGAUUGACAUCGAUGGUCAUCCGUUCCAAGUCAGAGAAUCACUCUUUCAAGCCAUAAAAGUCUUGGUAUCCGAUACCAAGAUCAGGGUCUGGGUCGACCAGAUCUCCAUCAACCAGAUCGACAACACAGAGAAGGAACACCAAAUACAGCUCAUGUCCAAGAUAUACAGCCAGGCUCGGCUUGUAGUAGGCUGGCUUGGGGCUGAGGCCGACAAUAGCAGCCUUGCCAUGAAAUCUUUUCGUGCCUUGGCUAGAAAAGUAGCAGUCAAGAACCUCGGGUGGAACGAAUUCAGCGCCCUUCGUCUCCUCUUUAGGAUGGCAAAUCCAAGAGCGAGGCUGGGGCAGGCAUGCAUUUCACUCGUUCAGCGGCCGUGGUUUCAUCGGCUAUGGAUCGUUCAAGAGGUGGCUUUAGCCAAGCAUCUGGAGCUCCGCUGCGGCACAUCAUUGAUUUCUACGAAAGACUUCUUCAUGGUCAUCCAGAUAUUGUCUUGUGCCGUUGGUGAACCUCUUUUGGCUUCCAUUAGACAUGCUUAUGAGCCAGUCUACAAGCUAGGACAGCUUCGAGCUCAGGUUUCCUCUAAGCUCUGCGAGUCCUUUCCCCAUGUACUUCAAAGAUUUUGCACGUGGGAUUGUGGGAUGCCCCAGGACCGCUUGAACGGUCUGCUUGGGGUUGCCUUCCAUCAUGAUCCGGCCGCAGCAUGGUUCAAACCCACUUACUCCAUGUCUGCGCCUGACCUGUUCACCCAGUUUGCGAUGGAGCACAUUCAAACUACCAGAGGCUUAGAGAUCUUACACUUCGCCGGCUGUGAAGAUUCUAUAAUCUCCUCGAAAUUGGUGAAAAGCAAGCUGAAGCUCGUUUCUACGACGAUCCCAGUGGAUGAUGUUGCUUCCUGGGUUCCAGACUGGCGACUAAGAGGACGGCCGUUGCCCUUGCUGACCAACUCACAAAACGAAAUCUGUGUCAACUUCUCGGCCACAGCUUCUGCUCCCGACUUUCUCUUGGAUAGUGUCUCUCGGACCCUGAAUGUCCGCGCCAUCGAGGUUGGCAGGGUCAAGGCCACAAGCCCACCAUACCACCCGUCUCUCGGCGAUUCCCCAGGCGUGGUGGACAAUUUGAUCCUGGAUUGGCUGGAAAUAGCAGAGUCUUACAUCGACAGCGCCGUUGCUAGGCGCAUGUUUCCUCAGACUUUGACCAUGGACCUGAAAGUAGGCUUACCAAGGCGUAUCCAGGAGCAUUUCGACCCUAUCGUCGCUCUGGCUGAUUUUGAGAGACACAAUAAGGGAGAUUAUGGAAUAAUUCCUGGAAAUGAGGACGAGAACUGGAAGGAGACGAUAGAUGGGGUAACUGAGUUCAGGUACACCGCUGAGGAGCUCUGCCGCCACCGUCUCUUGUUCAUUACCGAGGGCGGGAGGCUGGGUCUGGGAGGACCGCAGGUUGAGGAGGGAGACACAAUCUAUCUGAUUCACGGGCUCAAGACACCAUUCGUAGUAAAUUCUAGCUCACAGGGGCAUCUUCUGCGAGGAGAGUGCUAUCUACAUGGGUUGAUGGAUGGGAAAGUCCAGAGGUCGGACCAGGACACUACAUUGCACCUGCGUUGA